UGACAAUACAUCACGUUGUUGUAAUUGCUUUUGAAUAAACAUUAACUAUCACCUUAGCACUUUAAAUUGCAGCAAAAAGAAAAUUUAUAACAAUGCCUGGAACAAGGUGUACAGUUGCUGUAUGUAACAAUAGUUAUGACAAAACUAAAAGGGCUGGUAUAAAAAUAAAAUACCAUAAAUUUCCAACAGUUCAACCAGUUAGAGAUAUUUGGAUUGAAAGAACUGGAAGAGGUGGUAAAUGGAACCCAGAUUCUUGCCAUAUCUGCUCAGCUCAUUUUAAAGAAGAUGAUUACAGACAAGACUUAUGUGAUUUUCCAAACAAAGUUGAUACAAAACGUUUGCGACCAACUGCUGUACCAUCUUUGUUUUUGACAGAACCUCCACCAAUCAACAUAACAUUAUUAACACCACGUAAGAGAAGAAAAAUAUCUUUGAGUGACAGAACACCUAGUUAUUCAAAUGAAGAUAAUAUUAUGUAUUCACAAGACAUCUUAAAUCAUACCGAUGUAAUAAGUGACUAUUUUGAUGAUUUGACAGAAAUUAACUCUCAAUUAAACUUAGAAAAUUUGCACUGUCUAGGGAAGUAUCAAAGGAAUGGUGACUUGAAAUCAAACGAAGAUACAUGUUAUUAUCCAUCUAAAAAACCUUGUAUAGUAAUGAAAAAUAUUGCUACAGAAACUAAACCUGAUUAUUUUUUAGAUAAUUAUCAACAUUUGAUGGAUGAAAAUGAGAAACUUAAAAGUAAAUUAAUUAAGCUAAAUCUUAAACAUGAAAAACUUUUGUCGAAUAUGAAAUUUUUAGUAUCUGAAAUAGAAAAUUUAAAAUUAAAUAGAGUUAUACAUGAGCUUUAAAAAUCUUAAAAAUUUUUAAUAUAAGUUUCACAUAUUUAAUAAAUGAGAAUAAAAGAUUUUUCUGGACUAGUUGAAAAAAUAAUAACUGUUAUACUAAAAUUGAUGAAACUCAAUUUUGUCUUCUUUACAUGACAAGACUGCUUAAAGAUGUCAAAAGUUAAUGUUAGUUUGUAAAUAUAUGUAACUGCUUGUGUAAGUUAUUAUUUAGCUUUUAAAUAGGACUAAAUAAAGCUUGAAAACUUUAUUUUAUAAUUUAUUUUUUA